CUUCCGCAGUGCCAAAGCUGAGCGGAGCAUACCGUUGGAUCAUCGGGACCCGAGCUCCCUCACCGUCCCCGGCGCGGCGCCAUGGAGGCAGAGGCGGCGGCGCUGACGCAGCUCCAGCUGCAGCUCCUCGCCCUCGUCUCCGAGCUCCGCCUCCUCCGCGAGCGGGAGCGCGGAGCCCGCGAGGAGCUCCGCGACGCCGGCCAGAGGUGGGAGGCGGCGGCGGAGGAGCACCGCAGGGAGGCUCGGGAGCUGCGCGCGGAGGUGGCCGCGCGGGACGACGCGCUGCGGAAGCUCGAGGCUAGGAUAAAGUUGCUCGAAAAUGAGAAUGAGCUGCUGGAGAAGAACGAGAAUAGCUUGAAAGAAAGCAUGGAGGCGCUGCUUCAAUCAAGGGAGGCUUUUAUAAAACAUUAUGAGGACUCUACUUGUUCUUUGCAAUGGACCAUCCAGAUGAAGGAUAAGCAGAUUGCUGUAAUUUCAGAGAAGUUGAAUUCUCAUCUUGUUUUGUUUAGUUCAAUAGAAAAGGAAGUUUCGGCGGUGAAACAAGUACUAGGUGAUGUGCAUUGUUUGGUUGGUGAGAAGGAAAAUGUAGUUACUGACUUGAAGGAUAAGGUCCAAAGGAUUUCUGAGCUUGAGAAAGAUGUUGUAGAGAAACUUAAUUUCUUGGAAAGCAAAAUAAGUGCUUACCAGCGUGAACUCCGGAGUAGAGCAAGGAUCAUAUAUGAGUUGGAAGAUCAACUUGAGGCUGAGAAGCUUAACAAUAGUUUCCAGCCCCAUUUGGAAGAACUUAAGAAAGCUUUGUUGGUGAAAGAUGAUAUUAUUGAGAGAUUAACUUCAGGGAAGAAGGCAAUGCAUGUGGAGCUUCACAACAUGGAGAUCGCUUUACAGAAAUUUCAAGAUUUAUUCAGUAGUAUUGGGCAUGAGAGAAUGAAGAGCUUUCCAGCAAAUUGUGUAAGUCAGGAUGUACAGGAUGUGAAUAAUGGGCAGCCUGAAAGCAUUCUAGGCACACAUUGUGGUCUAGCCAAUGAGCACAACUUGGUAACUGCAAUUGAGGAAGCAGCCACCGCUCAAAAUGUAGACGGUCAGUUAGAACUCAGUCCAGGCAGCAUGCAAGUACAAAGCCCAAACUUCCUCAAGUCUGGUUCAUUGCCAUCUCCAGAGCCAGUAGCAGCGAAUACAGAAAAAGCUGACUGCCUUCCUGAGACUAAAGAAGACAUUGUCAUGGGUGAUUUAUCUCCCACGAAGCCAACAGAUUCUGUGAAUCCAGAGCUCGACUCGGGGAAUCAACCCUGACCCUGCAAUUGGGAUCCACCCCUCAUCCCUUCACUUCUUUCACCGUGAAUUAGGAUACACAAAGCUAUCGAUAUGUGCUGCAUAUUUAUCUUGUACUCAGUUGAUCAUCCAUGUGUAUCCAGCGGUUUAGGUAGCCACUACAGAGCGGUAUAGGAAUAGGACACGUACUUUGAGAUAUUUUCUGCUCGUCUUAAGUUCUGUCAACUCGCUGUGUCAACGGUAUAUAUUACUAAGUUGCAGUUCGUCCAGCGUCGCUCCUUCAACUUUGCACGAAAAUUGCUUUAUUUCGUGAAGGCAAAACUAUUUGUAGUCUUACAGGUGAUCCUGUACACAAAGAGUAACAUAUGGGCCAAAAACUAUAACAUCCUUCUUUUACUUCUCA